AUGCCGAACGUCAAACCUGUUCUUCCGCCUAUCCAGACUCGGACGCCCGAGAAACUUCACACACAGGCGCUUCAGACACCUAAAAGUGCUGCAUAUGCGUCACAACUCUCGUCUGGCUACAUGCCCAGUCCCUCCGAGCUCAUCAAGACUGAGUAUCCAGCUCUCAAGUCUGCCCCUCUUCAGCUCUCGUCAUCAAUUCACGAAGGCUCUGCACGUAGUCCCUCGGACUAUGUCAAGCAUGAGGAGCCGGAUCUCAAGACUCCAGUCGAGGUCCCGCUAGCCUACAAAGCAUUCUUGGAUAACCUCUCACGCAAGUUUGAGAAGGCUGGUACUUCUUAUUCGCCCACCUCACAGCCUGCGAGCGCGAUGAGUGGAUCUUUCAUGUUCAGCGACACCCCUGACACUGGCAACCUUCGAUCCCCAACUGUGUCUCUGCCGCCAGCUACCCCGGCCUCAGCUGCGCCAUACAGACGUGGAUACGCCCCAUGCCGUCUGCGCACCCAACACUCGUCGAUUUUGUCGCCUGGCGUAGACUCUCCUCGAAGUGCCACCCCCAGAAGUGCGACCAUCCUGCGGUCGCCAUUCUCACCGGAUUGGAAACUACGCUAUUAUGAGGCACCUCAUAGUGCGACCGGAAAGCCUGUCAGCGUGAGGGAAAUUGUCACGCGCACAGUGACUUACAAGCGCACGCAGCUCGACGCCCCUCCCAAAGGAAAACGACGCAAGUGUCAUGAAGCCAAGGAAGUCGAAUGA